UCAACCUAAUCUUCUGUUGAACGAUCACGACCAACACCUGUGGAUGUUGACGAUGAGCGGAGGAUUCAGGGGCUAGCAACCUGGGUGUUGAUCCCAAAGUGGGGUUGCGCUUAUCGUUCAAGGAGGAGGGGCAGCGCACGGGCCACCUCCCACUUCCAAGCAAUGCGAUUAUUUACAUCGCGACUGGCGACUCCCCAGUCGCGAUCAGAGCGACAUGCACUUCGAUCCACGACCAACAGGCCGACCCAAACACAUUCAUGGAGCGGCUGCUCGCGUGAUAGACGAUUCGACUGCCGCAGAGCCUCAGUAACUCUGUAGAAUCAAGCGAACACCCACCGCAGCGACAAUGUCAACAUCAAACCCAAACACAUCGACGUACAACGACUGCGUCACCUCGCUGCGCACCUCUCUCUCCUUCCUUGAGUCCUCCGUCGCAACCCUGGGAAAUGGCGUCGCCGACUUCCCCCGCCUGAUCUCGGUCCUAAAGACCGUCCGACACUACGAACUCAUCCCCCAGCCCACCCUAGCAGCCGCCGAGUCCUCCCUCCGCGACGACAUAGCCCCCUUCAUCGCCGCCCUCCUCGACCGCGCCGACCGCCAGCUGGAGCGCCAGGCGCGCCGCAUCGAGACCCUCAAGGCGCGCUCGGACCUCAUCGCCGGCCGCCUGUCCGCCGCCACCACCGCCACGGUGGAGCCGUCGGCCGCGGCGGCGUCCGCGGCGGCGCGGGCCCGCGAGGAUAGGAGGCUGCAGAGGCUUGGCGCGGCAGGCGGCGGCGGGUCGGAGGCGGCGCUCAGGGGGAAGGUGGCGAGGCAGAGGAGGGAGGCGCUCAAGUAUAGCGUUGAGAGGCUUGAGUUGGAGGUGUUGCAGAAGGAGAGGGAGUUGAGGUUGAGGUUGGAUAAGGCUAAGGCCUGAAAAGGCGGGGGGGGUGGGGAGGGGCGCGAGGGACGUCGGGUGUUUCACCUACUGGAGGAGAGGAGGAAGGUUCGCACAGCUGGCUGGUGGCGCUGCGGUAGUGUUGGGUGGAGGUGCUGGCUGCUGCGUGGCCGUUGGUGGCUUUGGUCUCCUUGUUUGGCUGUUCUGGAAAGAUGCUAGGAGACAUCCGAGGUAUCUUCAGGCCUCGUUCAGGUUCAGUCUCACUCUACUGGGUACCUUUCGAUGAUGGAAGAGCAGUUUGGAGGGCCUCUUAGGCCAAGGAACAAGAUCUGCAGACGAGGAUCUUGCCUAUAUACCUAGGUUUAGGUACGGGGGACGUGCGCAUGGGGAGCGGCUUUGAUAUUUGCCUAACUCUGUGGU